AAACGCCUUGUUAAUGAGAGACGUCAGAGGAGAAUGUCCAGACUGGUCAAAGCUGACAGGAAGGUGACAGUAGCACAAAAUGACCACACAAUACAACAGUGGUAUGCAGAAGAGCAUCUCUGAACAUGCAAUGCAUCAUAACUCUAAAUGGAUAGGCUACAGCAGUAGAAGUCUAAAAAAAUAAGUCUAAUAAAUACCUAAUAAAGUGCUCACUGAGUGUACAUAAUACUUCUCAAAUCAAACAUUAUCUUUUUAAUCCAUUAUACUCACUCACUCACUCCAUUAAAUUCAUUGUCGGAUUUUUCUCAUUCUUCCAAGGGCAGAGAAUGCCUCUGAGAAUGACCCAUGCCCCAUUUUGACCAACGAAGCCAUUCAGAACAUGUUUGACCAUUUGACUGACCUGAGGCACAUCAGAUUAGACCAGCACUUCAGAAUGACCUACCUGUCCAGGGGAUCAGCACAGCAGUUCAUCGACCAGUUCAGCCAGAGCUUCUCCAAGAUGCAGCAGUUCCUGGAGGCUCUGGAGAAAGAAGCAGUGCAGCUGGACAGGAUGAAGAUGGGGGCCAGCAUCUUCCGCAUUUUGUGCAGUGUUCUGGGCUUUGUGGGAGGCAUUUUGUCCGUUGUGUCUGUUGUGUCCAUUGUGUUAUUGCUGAAUGUCGGCUCAUGCCUGGGGAUCGCCGGUGCCAUAAUCGGCAUAUUGAUAUGUUGCAUCGAAAUCGGUUUCAACUUUUGCCAUGGCAAAAAGAUAAAAAAAAUCUUUGAAAACUACUCUAAAGAUGUGAAGAUUAUGCUGGAGUGUCUGGAGAAAGCAGCCAGUCCCAUUAUACGCAGCACGGUGCCAGAUGUGCUGAAUGUUAUAGCUACUGUUCUGAAGGCCGCCAAAAUUACGUAUUCCCUGAUUAAAGUUAUAGAUAUCAUCGCGGAUGCUUCCACCCUCGGAGCCGAAGAGGUGGCCUCGAGUACAGUCAAGGUAGUGACUCAGGAGGUCAAAGCUGCCCGAAACAUCACCAACAUGGCAGCCAAUCUCACCGAUAUCAGGCAGUUGGCUAAGGGCACUCCCCCCGCACGAAGCACAUGUGACCUUGUGUUGAUCAUCGGCAGCAAUGUCUUCUGCAUGGGCAUGGACCUCUAUUUCAUCUACAAAGAAAUAAAGACCCUGGCCAAUGGGGACAAGAGCGAUGUGUCAAAGGUCAUCCGCAGGAGGGCCAGUCUGUUGAAGACCGAGCUGGAUGCAUGGGAGAAGAUCCAUCACUCUCUGUGCACUGGGUUAUCGAGCUUCGAAACGAGUGAGGAGAGAGACGACGGCAAAUUCUUUAUGCCCAGCCUGGUGAACGUGGACCUGCUGGCUUUCCAGCUGGACAAAUACUUGAGGGUUUCCCAGGAGUUGUGUGAGAAGCUCCAGAAAAGGGAGGAACUGGAUCAGCUGGCUGCUGGCUACAUUUCAGACACCAUGAGCUUUAUUCACACGGUGCAGGAGUUCUGCAUCAUACACUCACAAUGGCUCCUACAGAGAGAGUCUGAGCUGAAGAGGAUGCAAGACAUCAUGAACAGAGCGGAGAUGAUCAACCUCACAACUGACCACUUCCAAAAUUCAGAGGACAAGAAGAAGGCCUUCGGGGAGUUUAUGUGGAGCAAGGUGACCCAGGUAACCGCGGAGAGCAGGGCCCAGGAGCUGGAGGAGGAGCUGGAAUGCCUGCUCCAAGACACCCUGAAGGGGCUUGAGAAGCUGACCCCGUUCCUGCAGGCUGUGGAGAUGCUGGCGGUCACGUCGCUCUCCGUCUUCGAGGAGGAGAAUCCGGUGUGCCAGCUCCCUGAGGGGGUGAGCGCUGAUGCCGUUCGUUCAGUCAUCACCGCCGCCAGGGGAGCCUGUCCGCUUUUGCUCCAUUUCAAGAGAGACGAUGGCAAAUUCUUUAUGCCCAGCCUGGUGAACGUGGACCUGCUGACUUUCCAGCUGGACAAAUACUUAACAGUUUCCCAGGAGCUGUGUGAGAAGCUCCAGGAAAGAUCAGACCGGCACUUCAGGAUGACCUACCUGUUCAGGGGAUCAGCCCAGCGGUUCAUCGGCCUGUUCAGCCAGCGCCGCUCCAGGAUGCAGCAGUUCCUGGUGGCUCUGGAGGAAGAAGCUGUGAAGCUGGACAGGAUGAAGAUGGGGGCCAGCAUCUCCAGUGUGGCGGGCAGCAGUGUGAGCCUCGUGGGAGGCAUUGCAUCCAUCGCGGGCCUGGCUCUGGCCCCUUUCACGGCGGGGGCAUCGCUGACCCUCAUGAUGGUCGGCGUUGGGCUGGGGGUCACCAGUGGCUUGAGCAGCUUAGCUACAGGUAUCACCGAAUUAUCGGUCAACACUCACCGCAGGAAGAAGAUCAAUGAAAUCUUCCAGAGAUUCUCUGAAGAUGUGAAGACUAUGCAGAAGUGUCUGGAGCAAGUGGCCAGGUGCAUUAUACCCAACACGGUGCCAGAUGGGCUGGAUGUUGCGACACGUGUUGUGACUUUAGCCAAAACCACACAUUCUGUGUCUAAAGGGAUAGAUGGCUUAGUGGAUUGUGCUUCCGCCAAAAAGGUGCUCAGAGCCAAAGAGUUGGCCUCAAAGUCAAAUGCUGCCCGAAAGAUUCCCAACAUGGCGGACGAUCUCGGGCAGUUGGCUAAGGGCACUCCCCUCGCCCUAAGCAAGUCUGCCUGGGCGGGGUUCAUCGCCCUCAACGCCUUCUUCAUUGGCGUGGACAUCUUCUUCAUCUACAAAGACAGCAUCAGCCUGGCCAAUGGGGACAAGAGCGAAGUGUCAAAGGUCAUCCGCAGGAGGGCCAGUCUGUGGAAGACCGAGCUGGAUGCAUGGGAGAAGAUCUAUCACUCUCUGUGCAUCGGGAGAUUGAGCUUCGAAAGGAGUGAGGAGGUCCUACGGAUGCCAUUUUACCAGGCACAAAAAAGGGAGGAACUGGAUCAGCUGGCCGCUGGCUACAUUUCAGACACCAUGAGCUAUAUUCACACGGUGCAGGAGUUCUGCAUCAUACACUCAAUGUGGCUCCUACAUAGAAAGUCUGAGCUGAAGAGGAUGCAAGACGUCAUCAUGGACAGAGUGAAGAAGAUCAACCCCACAGCUAACCACUGCCUAAAUUCAGAGGACAAGAUGAAGGCCUUCGGGGAGUAUAUGUGCAGCAAGGUGACUGAGGUAACUGCAGAGGGAAGGACCCAGGAGCUGGAGGAGGAGCUGGGAUGCCUGCUCGAAGACACCUUGAAGGGGCUUAAGAAGCUGACCCCGUUCCUGGAUGCUGUGGAGAAGCUGGCGGUCACGUCGCUCUCUGUCUUCGAGGAGGAGAAUCCGGUGUGCCAGCUCCCUGAGGGGGUGAGCGCUGAUGCCGUUCGUUCAGUCAUCACCGCCGCCAGGGGAGCCUGUCCGCUUUUGAUCCAUUUCCAGAGAGACAACAGCGAAUUCUUUCAGACCAGCCUGGUGAACAUGGACCUGCUGGCUUUCCAGCUGGACAAAUACUUGAGGGUUUCCCAGAAGUUGUAUGAGAUGCUCCAGGAAAGGGCAGCGAAUGCCUCUGAGAAUGACCCAUGCCCCAUUUUGACCAACGAAGCCAUUCAGAACAUGUUUGACAAUUUGACUGACCUGAGGCACAUCAGAUUAGACCAGCACUUCAGAAUGACCUACCUGUCCAGGGGAUCAGCACAGCAGUUCAUCGACCAGUUCAGCCAGAGCUUCUCCAAGAUGCAGCAGUUCCUGGAGGAUCUGGAGAAAGAAGCAGUGCAGCUGGACAGGAUGAAGAUGGGGGCCAGCAUCUUCCGCAUUUUGGGCAGUGUUCUGGGCUUAGUGGGAGGCACUUUGUCCAUUCUGUCCACUAUGUCCAUUGUGUUAUUGCUGAAUGUCGGCUCAUGCCUGGGGAUCGCUGGCGCCAUAAUCGGCAUAUUGAUAUGUUGCUUCGAAAUCGGUUUCAACUUUUGGCGAGGCAAAAAGAUUAAAAAAAAAUUUGAAAACUACUCUAAAGAUGUGAAGAUUAUGCUGGAGUGUCUGGAGAAAGCAGCCAGUCCCAUUAUACGCAGCACGGUGCCAGAUGUGCUGAAUGUUAUAGCUACUGUUCUGAAGGCCGCCAAAACUACGUAUUCCCUGAUUAAAGUUAUAGAUAUCAUCGCGGAUGCUUCCACCCUCGGAGUCGAAGAGGUGGCCUCGAGUACAGUCAAGGUAGUGACUCAGGAGGUCAAAGCUGCCCGAAACAUCACCAACAUGGCAGCCAAUCUCACCGAUAUCAGGCAGUUGGCUAAGGGCACUCCCUCCGCACGAAGCACAUGUGACCUUGUGUGGAUCAUCGGCAGCAAUCUCUUCUGCAUGGGCAUGGACAUCUUUUUCAUCUGCAAAGAAAUAAAGACCCUGGCCAAUGGGGACAAGAGCGAUGUGUCAAAGGUCAUCUGCAGGAGGGCCAGUCUGUGGAAGACCGAGCUGGAUGCGUGGGAGAAGAUCUCUCACUCUCUGUCCACUGGGUUAUCGAGCUUCGAAACGAGUGAGGAGGUCCUACAGAGGCCAUUUUACACCUUGCAUGAAGAAUCCAGUUAG